AUGCAUUGGAUCUCCCCGAUCCGCAGGGUCACCUCGUCCGUGACCUGGGGCUGGUAUGCCAUUUCGCUGAGUUGGGGUGGGAUCGCGGUGCUGCUGCACCAGACACCGCACCAGUUCCACGGCCUCCCCACCAUCGGGACCAUCAUUUUCAUCGUCGACCUCGUGCUCUACACGGCCAUCACGCUCGCCCUGCUCCUGGAGGCGGCCGUGCCCCCGGAGGGAUCGAAACCGUGGGAGGGACCGCCCUCGUUCGCCGCGCGGGUGCUGCACAUCAAGCAGCCGCCGGACCUGUUCUUCGCGCCCAUCUCGCUCCUCGCCUUCGCCACCAUCAUCUUCAACACCUCCUACUACGGCACCCCCCACUGCGGUCGGUGGCUCAUCCUGACCCUGAACGCCCUCUUUUGGGUCUACACGGGCGUCUCGCUGCUGCUGGCCCUCGUGCUGGGCUGGUGGAUCCCCUACACGCGCACCACCCCCGCCGACCACUACCCCAUCGUCAACGUCCUGCCCUACUUCCCCCCGAUGCUCAGCGGCACCAUGGCCGGCGUGCUGGCGCCGCACCAGGCCCCCGCCCAGGCCAUCCCGAUGCUCGUUGGCGGCACCACGAUGCAGGGCUUCGGCUUCCUGAUGUUCCUGGUCGUGCUGGUGCAGAGCUGCUCCGCCGUCGGGACGGAGGGCCUGCCCAUCCCCGCGCACCGCCCGGAGAUGUUCAUCGCCGUCGGUCCCCCGAGCUUCACCAUCAUCGCCAUGAUCAGCAUGGCCGCCGCCGCGGUCGAGAAGCUGCCGACCCACUACAUCAGCUCCGCGUCCAGCGUGCGGACCGCGGACGUCCUGCUGGUGGUCGCGGUGGCCGCCUCGUUGUUUCUGUGGACGCUGGCGUUCUUUCUCUUCGGCAUGGGGGCGCUGAGCAUGCUGGAGUCGCUGUGGCAUCGCACGAUCCGGUUCGAGCAGAUCUGGUGGUGCAUGGUCUUCCCCAUCACCGGGUUCGUGCUGGCGACGAUCGAUCUGGGCGAGUACUUGAACUCGGAGCCGAUCCUGUGGGUCGGCACGGGCAUGACCCUCUUCCAGGUGUGCCUGUGGCUGGCGAUUACGAUCUGUCAGCUGUGGGAAUGGGGAGGCAAGCGGGCGAUCUGA